GUCAAGCAAAAGUCUCUCUCUCUCUCUCUCUGUGUCCAGUCAUCUCCUUGUUUCCAGCUUCAGCCCCCACGCAUUGAUUAAGAAACAACACAAGCCGUUGUCCCCUCUCAGAUUCCACUGUUGAUCCAUUCCCGUUUUCGAAAUCUCCUCCCUUGUCUGCUUCCACCUUCCUCUUUUCUCUUUGUUUAUUGUCUUUAAGCUCCACAAUUCUUUGUUUCCUGUUAAGUUAGGUGGGCUGUGCACCUUCCUUCUGUCAGGAUUCUCUUUGCUUGGCCCCCUUCUGCUGACAAAAAGCCUAUAGGAGCAAAAGAAUCAAAUCACCCACCACAUAACCACUAUAUAGAGGGAAACAUAACCGAAGUCUAUUAUCUUUCAAGAAUUUUCCCUCAUUAGCCUCCCCUCAAGAUGAAGGCAAUAAUGGCCAAGACCCCUCAUGACUCUUCUUUCUCUUUCUCCAGGAGAUAUUUCAACUGGAGAAAAAAAGUUGUUGAAGAAGAUGAUGAUGAAGAAAUCUUAACUUUCAACUCUUCCUCACAUUUCUUCUGUGGGGAGGAGUUGAAAGACGAGCAACUUGGAAUCACACUGCCCUCUGUAGGGGUGCCUCCUGCAGUUCGCGCACCUAGGAAAAAGCUUCCUAUUGUAGCAGUUUCUAAGGUGCUAUCUGCUCUUACUGUCUUCAGCAAGGGCCGGCCAACCUAUCAUUCCGGCGUAGGAACCAGAUUGAUAGGUACCCUUUUUGGGUAUCGUCGCGGCCACGUCCAUUUUGCAUUUCAAGAGGAUGCCAAACUGAAUCCAGCUUUCUUGAUUGAACUGGCAAUGCCAACUAGUGUAUUAGUUCGAGAAAUGGCUUCUGGGUUAGUUAGAAUUGCUUUAGAGUGCGAAAAGAAGCCGCAGAAAAAGGCAGGGAAGUUGCUGGAGGAGCCUCUGUGGAGGACUUAUUGCAAUGGCAAGAAAUGUGGGUAUGCAGUGAGGCGUGACUGUGGUCCUGAAGUGUGGAAGGUUUUGAAGGCAGUGGAGCCAAUUUCUAUGGGUGCUGGUGUGCUGCCAGGGAAUGAAGUAGGGUCCGAAGGGGAACUCAUGUACAUGAGAGCCAGGUUUGAGAGAGUUGUUGGGUCAAAAGACUCGGAAGCAUUUUACAUGAUGAAUCCUGAUGGGGCUGGAGGUCCUGAACUGAGUGUUUACUUGCUUAGAGUUUAGGUUUAUGGUCCCUGUAGUGGGUAGCAUACUAGCAUCUGCAAUCCAUCCAUUUCACCGGUGCUUUUUUUUUUUCCCUUGCUUUCUGAUGUUUUUGCAGUCUUUAGCCGUUCAGCCAAGCUUUAAAAAAGAAAGCGUAUGGAGGUAAUGAGGGUCAUUCUCCAUGUGGCUUAAGCUGUUUUUUGACUUCGUUUUGGGAGGGCCAAGUGUGGGAUUAGUAGUUUGUAUCAUGCUUAGUAUUCUCUAGGUAAUAUGAGGUGAAGCAGUAAUAUAAUAUGGAAUGGCAGAUGGGUGUGGGGUAUAUUUAUGUAUAGUGUUUUGUCAACUCUUUUUCCAUUCUUUGAUGGGUGGGAAUGGUUUUGCCUUCAUGAAAUCUAUGUUAUUCCACUUUUGGACAAUUGCUCUUGGCUAAGAUGAAAUUGCAGUUAUACACACUUUUGGUUUGCA